CUCCCCUAUACGGCAGCUAUUUUGACUAUAGUAUGUGUCUGUUAUAUAUCAUCGAGCGGGGUCUCACUGGAAUCUAGGACAGUUGAUAUAUUGUAAAGGAUGUAUGGGGGUUAAAAUAAUCUGAAACCUGCUACAUAAGAACAUGUUUUAUACGGUACACUUUCUGUGAACUGCAAGCUUUGGGAAGCAAUAGAUACAUGGAUAUUAAACGAGUCAGACUACUUUUACCUAGUAAUGAACUCACGUUUUAUAGUUAAGAGAUUUUUAAGAAAUACGUUUAUAAACACUGUUUUACAAUUGUAUUGUAUUGUAAUUGUAUGUUUGUUAAAACAAUGACAAUUUUGCAACACCUUAUUUUAGUCGGUUACAUUUUUACAUGUUAAAGCAUUGGCAAUACAACACAGUCGCACAGCAUUCAUUACCUGUAAGGUUUUACACCUGGUCUAUUUCCUGCGAACUUGCAACAUUUGUUUUACCGUUUAGAUUUGAUUUGGCACAAAUCGCUUAACGCUUACAUAGCCUAAUAAUGUUUUCAAAACACGUUUUCUAGGAAAAACAAUUUAUUUCUGUUUUUUUUCUGUUAUCCAUCAAGACAGUCAGUGAAAAUGAACGCCUCUGAUGAAAUGGGAGCUUUGAAAAUUACUCCCGAGUCCCUGAAACAGCUUCUGGAGUUUUUUAACCUCUCGCGUCAGGACUUUAUUGACACUUAUAAUUUGCAUCCUCUGGUCUACAUCCCUGAACUGUCUCCCAGUGCUAAGACAAUUUUUGUUGUUAUUUAUGUUAUAAUAUUUGUCCUAGCUCUUGUCGGAAACAGCCUGGUGGUCUACAUUGUAAUCAGAAAGAGGACAGUGCGGACAGCUACCAACAUCUUCAUCUGUUCCCUGGCAGUGAGCGAUCUUCUGAUUACUUUCUUUUGCAUACCCUUUACUUUACUACAAAACAUCUCUUCAGAGUGGCUGGGAGGUGUCUAUGUAUGCAAGACAGUUCCUUUUGUGCAGAGCACAGCCAUAGUGACUGGUAUCCUUACCAUGACUUGUAUUGCUGUGGAGCGAUAUCAAGGCAUAGUCUACCCACUGAAAAUGAAAAGGCAGUACACAUCAAAAAGAGUGUACAAAAUUCUAGGAGUGGUCUGGGCGGUUGCUGUAAUAUUAGGGUCCCCGAUGUUCUAUGUACAGCAGCUUGAGGUGAAAUAUGAUUUCCUGUAUGACCACCAUCAUGUGUGCUGUCAGGAACGUUGGCACACCCCUGCCCACCGCCAGGUUUAUGCCACCUUCAUCCUUGUGGCUCUGUUUCUCCUACCGCUGACUGCCAUGUUGAUUCUCUACACCAGAAUAUCCUUUGAGCUUUGGAUCCGGAAGCGUGUUGGGGACUCCUCUGUAUUCAACACAAUGAACCACAGGGAAGUCAACAAGAUUACAAGGAAGAAGAAACGUGCUGUUAAGAUGAUGAUUACAGUUGUUUUGCUUUUUACUAUAUGCUGGGCUCCAUUUCACAUCGUGCACAUGCUCUUUGAAUACAAUGACUUUGAAAAUGAGUACGAUGAGAUCACAGUCAGCAUGAUACUUGCCAUUGUGCAGGCAAUAGGAUUCUCCAAUUCCUUCAAUAACCCUAUUGUCUACGCCUUCAUGAAUGAGAACUUCAAGAAAAACUGCAUGACUACCCUUUCCCAUUGCAUCUGGAGGCCAAACCAGACUUUACAGCAGGGAAUCAUCAUGGAGAGGCCAAAGCUGAAUGUGCCUCCUUAUAACCCUGUGAGACGGGAAGCUUUCCAAGCAGAUAGCUCAACACAGAGGAUUGAGUUCAAACUUUCUGAGAAUGUCGCAUUGAUACCAUCCAAUAAAGAAAAAUCAUCUGUACAAGCAGAAUGAAUGAAAUGAUUUAUGUCUCUUCAGGAUCGAACUGUGUUUUUAUUCUUGAAACCCAAGGAUUAAAAAUAACUAUACUGCACAUCGCCUUAUAAUAUAACAUCUUGAACAAUAUUGUGCUAUGGUGUGUUUCAGUAAGUAUUUUGUUUGGGAAUCAAGUGCUAGCCUUGUUGAAUCUUUAUGGACAUCUUAUCUACAAUAUUGUCAGUUACUAUUUCAUUGUGGAAUAAGGUCCUAUUGACACUUUCAUGUUCAUUAAGAGGGCAUUUUGCAAAGGAUUCCAUUAAUUCAUUAAAACAAUUUGACAUGUUGUUUCUUUUGGAUAAAUAUUGUAAUAUAUGGUAUCUAAUGUAAAAUAAUUUUCUGUACAAGGUGUAUA